AUGUCCGUCGAAGACCUCAAAUCCACCAUCACCAAGUUGCAAGACAGAAUCCACGCUUUGGAAACCAAGGCUGGCAUUGUCCCAGAUAUCCCAAAGUCCGUGAAGAUGGUCUUGAUUGGGCCUCCAGGUGCCGGUAAAGGUACCCAGGCUCCAAACUUGAAGGAGAAGUUCUGUGCCUGCCACUUGGCCACUGGUGACAUGCUUCGUGCUCAGGUCGCCGCCAAGACCGCUUUGGGUCAGGAGGCCAAGAAGAUCAUGGACCAGGGUGGUCUUGUUUCCGACGAGAUCAUGGUCAACAUGAUCAAGUCCGAGUUGGAGAAUAACCAGGAGUGUAAGAACGGUUUCAUCUUGGACGGUUUCCCAAGAACCAUUCCUCAGGCCGAGAAGUUGGACGACAUGUUGAACGACAGAAAGACCCCAUUGGAGAACGCUGUCGAGUUGAAGAUCGACGACGAGUUGUUGGUGGCCAGAAUCACCGGUAGAUUGGUCCACCCAGCCUCUGGUAGAUCUUACCACAAGUUGUUCAACCCACCAAAGAAGGAGAUGAUUGACGACGUUUCUGGCGAGCCUUUGGUCCAGAGAUCUGACGACAACGAGGACGCUUUGAAGAAGAGAUUGGUUACCUACCACAAGCAGACCGAGCCAAUUGUCGAGUACUACAAGAAGACCGGUAUCUGGAGCGGCAUUGACGCUUCCCAGAAGCCUACCAACGUGUGGGGUGACAUCUUGAAGUGCUUGGGCCAGAAAUAG